GAACAAAACUUCAAAGUGUAAAUGAGAUAAAGCUUCUGUUGCUGUUGGAAACAAACCUAACAAGUUCCAGUAAAAUAGUGAAAAUAACCCAAAAGUCCAAAUUGCCGACGAAAUGGGCAGGUGAUUGAUGGUGUGUCGUCGGUUUCACUUUAAUGAUCUCUGUUAAUGCUUUAAACCAUAACCUUGUCUUUUGCCCUUGAAUUUCUCGUUUGGAAGGGUCAAUUCUGAUCCAUCCUUUCCCUAGAGGAACAAGCAUUCAUUUAUGGCUCAUUAAAUUUGCAAUAGCUGGGACCCCACCAACCACUCACCACGCCUGUGUCCAAACAUCCGACCCAGAAAACCUCUAUAAAUGGCAUUGACAUGCAUUUUCAACCUCUAUAAGCAGUGUCUAGUUUUCAUUCUUUUGCCCGUGACUGCCGUUGAGAGUGAUAGGAUGUCUCAGGGAAGAGGUAGUGCAAUGGGUGCUGCAGCCGCUGUGCUGGGGCUGUUGUUUUUUAUGCUUAGCUGUGAGGUGGCUCAGGCAGCCACCUACAACGUUGGUGGUGCCGGGGGCUGGACCUUUAACGUGGUUGGCUGGCCCAAGGGCAAGCGCUUUAAGGCUGGUGACACACUUGUGUUCAACUAUAACCCACAGGCCCACAAUGUGGUAGUUGUGAACAACGCUGGUUACAACAGCUGCAAUGCCCCGCCUGGAUCUAAGGUAUACUCCUCCGGCAAGGAUCAAAUCAAGCUUAGGAAGGGACAGAACUUCUUCAUCUGCAGUUUUCCUGGCCAUUGUCAGUCUGCAAUGAAGAUUGCUGUGGUUGCAGCCUAACACUUUGCAGCAUUCAUGUCAAUCAAGCUUCAUGGCCCUAAAGAGGAACAUGUAUCAGUAUCGUAUAAUAAGGACCUAGAUGUAAGUUGGUUUGAAUAAAAGCUAUACAACCCUUUGUAUGAAAAACCCGAGUUAUCAGGACAGUGUACUACCACUGUCUUCUAACUCGAUGCCGGUUAGCACACUGGGUCAAGGCCUUCAUUGCAGCUUGGUCUUUGAAUGGGGUCUGUUAGUGUCCUUAACCACAUAAUCGAUAGCUUUCCGCAGCUUCUCUCCCAGUUGGUUUGAUUGAUUAUGUUUACUAGUGGUAAUGGAUUGUGGGGCCUUUGCUCGGCUGUGA